AGAUCUGGAUGUGCUGCACCUCAGUUUUGAUUUUAUGUUGCCUGGUGCGGAUCUUCGAGGACACGGGUGGUUGUGGAUCUUUGUGUUGGAAGCUUGGAACUCUUUCACAGAUCUUUUCCGGUGCAUCCUCUCCUUUGCUCGUCUUUUCCUUUGGCUUUUAGCUUUCAAUUCUCUCGUGCUUCCCGUCUUUAAUCCUUGAAAGCAGCAAAUCACUUUAUUUUCCUACUUUUCCUUCUCUCUCUCUCUCUCUCUCUCUCUCUCUCUCUAGCUUGUGCAAUAAAGCAGUGACAUGAUAAGGGUUGUUUUGCUUUGAUCUUGUUGAUGCAUAAAGAGCAUCUGAUCUCUCUUUCAUCGUUCUUUUGCUUUGCUCCCUUUCGUCUUUUUCUUUGCCUACAAGCUUCUGUUUGAUGUGUCUUUUCUUUGGAAAUCUUAUAUAUCUGUAGUAAGUAUGUGUUAUCCUUGGAUAGCUGCGCCUAAAAUUUUCUUAUGGGGAUGUGGGUGUUGUCAGGACAUAGGGCUGGUGAAGUCGAUGGAGAUGGUGGCCUCCUCCUCCUCCACCGUCACCACCACCACCGCCACUGCGAGCAGUACUUUCAGCGCAGCCAGGCCUCAGGUGACGGAGAGGAGGAUCAGGCCGCAGAAGGAACAGGCUCUCCACUGUCCCAGGUGCAACUCCACCAACACCAAGUUCUGCUACUACAACAACUACAGCCUCACUCAGCCACGGUACUUCUGCAAGACCUGCAGGAGGUAUUGGACCGAUGGCGGGUCCCUCAGAAACGUCCCCGUGGGUGGUGGCUCAAGAAAGAACAAGCGGCCCUCCCUCUCCUCCGCCGCCGCCACCACCAGCGCCACCUCCGCUACCACCUCUUCCACCGCUGCGACCUCCUCUAUAGUUUCAAACCCCAAGAAGCUACCAAUUGACCUCAUCCCCCCUCGCGUUUCCCUCUCUGCUUCUCAGAAGUUCCAUGACGGACAAGACCUCAACCUGGCUUUCCCCCACCACGGACUCCCUGAUUUCAACGGCUUCCCCGGUUUGGAGAGCAGUACCGUCAACAGCAACAGUAGCGGUACUGGAAACUGCAGCAACCCAUGCAAUGCUGUUGGUGCUCUCUCUGCCAUGGAGCUACUGAGGAGUGGCAUGACUAUGAGAGGGCUCAGCCCAUUCGUGACGAUGCCACUGCCGGAAUACCCGACCGGGUUUGAGCUACAGGAAUUCAGAGCUCCUGCACUUAACUUCCCGAUGGAAGCUAUUGCCGGAGGCGAAGGAAGAGAAGGGAGCAGUGGUGGGUAUGGGGCUCUGCAGGGGGUGCAGGAGAGCGCCGGUGGAAGGCUGUUGUUCCCCUUUGAAGAUGUGAAGCCAGUGGUCCACACAAGCACCGCUGCUGAGUUCGAGAACAGUCGGGGCCAUGGUGGCCAUCCUCCUGGUUUCUGGAACGGGAUGAUAGGUGGAGGCGGCUCAUGGUAGAAGAAGCAUCCCGUGAUCUCAACGAAGAAACAGAAAGGCCAAAAAAGAGACCAACAGAAGGCAAGCGGACGCAUGCAUGCAGUUCUUUCUCCUCCGUUUCUUUCCAUCACUAGCUUUUCCUUCUCCUACAGUCUCCAGUUUAUGUGAUUCUCAUCACCAUGGACAUGUGAAGCUUCUUUUUAGGUUGGCUUCAACAGGGUGUGUGAUCAAAAGAAUUUUCUGUUCUAUGAUAUCACCUUUUGCUUGUACAAGAAGUCAUAAGAAUUUGCAUCAGAGUAUUGACCAAGAGUGGAACAAAGGGGAAGACAACCAUCUCCACGAUAUGCA